UGGGGAGGUCGUGCGAGAAAUCAGAAGAGUGCAACGCUCACAUCAUUAACUUAAUCUGCAUUGAUAAAACAUGUUCAUGCAAACAUACUCACACACUUCAAGACGGAAAUACGUGCGUGGCAACGAGAAUCUUGUACUGUGAAAAAGAUGAAGAGUGCGUAGAAAUGAAUGGUGCCUGCAUUGGCGGUCAAUGUCAAUGCAGCGCCAAUUACGUGAUGCAGGAGUCAAAAUGUCUGCCAACAAAAUUGGCGGGACGAUGCAGAAUACAUUCAGAUUGCGCUACAGUGAAUUUUGCUCUGUGUUUAAAAGGAGAAUGCACUUGCAGUGAAGGAUUCUUCGCUGUCAAUGCAACAACUUGCGUGAAAGCUCUUGGUAGUACCUGCAUUAGCGAUGAAAAUUGUGCUGUCAGAUUCUCUAGUUGUUAUAAUAGAAAGUGUCAAUGCAAUCACGGUUACAUGCCCUAUUCCGAGAGACAAUGCAGUGCGAGGGAACUAGGGACGACUUGUUUUGACAACAGCACUUGCAAUCUAAUGAAAAACGCACAUUGCUUUGAGAGUCAAUGUAGUUGCAAGGAUAACCAUAUUGAAAUGAAUGCAUUCACAUGUGCUCCGUUGCUCAACGCCUUCUGCUCCGAUGAACUGAAGUGCGCUUCCAAGAACUCGGUCUGCACUGAUGAUAAGUGUCAAUGCGAGUUCGGUUACUUCCCGAAGUCCAACUACGAGUGUGUCUUAAGUGAGUCUUAGACCUCAGCUGAGAUUUUUUGCUAAUUUGCUUGCUUUUAGGGUACCUGGAACAGCGAUGCAGAAUUGACGAGCACUGCGUUGAUAUCCCCUAUGCAAAGUGUUCUGACGCUGGAAAAUGCAUCUGCCAUAAGAAUUACGUGCUAACUAGCCCAACAACUUGUUCGCCAACUUUGGGAGGUUACUGCGCAAGCAACAGGGAGUGUUUCCUUGUCAAUGCAGAGUGUUUCAGGGAUCAAUGUCGCUGUUCUCCAGGAUACAUGCAGCACUCUGAUGACCUCUGCUUACCUGUGUUCCUAGGUCAGAAGUGCGACAUUGACGAAGAUUGUGAUAAAAUAUCAAACGCAAAGUGUUCUGACAAAAGAUGUCAAUGCAAAGAAGGGUACACAAAGUUCGACCGUCAGGUGUGCUUGCCUCUAAUUGGCGCGAACUGCACGGAACACAAAGAGUGCGCUGUCUACAAUUCUAACUGCGUUAACAAUAAGUGUCAAUGCUUGGAGACCUUCGUUCCGCAGACCCAGUCCGAGUGUG